CCAGCAGCAGUCAGACAUACUGACAGCAAGCAAACAACCUCCCACCCCCCACCACUCCGACGACCACGGCGCAGCCUCCGAUGCCGACCUGAACGAUGAACGGCGUUAUUGAGGCGCUGCAUAUCUACGAUGAGCACAACCAUGCCAUUCUGUCGCACACGUACACCUCCCGCCCGCUGUCGGCGCAGCACCUCCUGCCCCUCUACCUAGAGCACCCGGCCCCGCGCCCGAACCUCGUCUACCUUGCCAACACGAACCCGCCGACGCUCGUCUUCAGCCUCAAGCACGCCAACCUGCUGUUCCUGGCCACCUCCUCCUCUGAGAUCGAGCCCCUGCUCGUCCUCGAGUUCAUCCACCGCAUCGUCGACGUAUUUGAGGAGUUCCUUGGCGCCCCCUUGCUGGCGCACAAGAUUGAGAGCAACUACGAUGUCGUCGCGCAGCUGCUCAACGAGAUGUGCGAUGCGGGGACGAUCAACACGACGGAGCCCAACGCGCUGAGGGAUUUGGUCGAGGUUGAGGGAUGGGUGGGCAAGCUGCUUGGCAGCAUCACCUUGCCGGGGAAACCUGGCAACUUUGGCACCGGCUUCGCCAACCCAAGUACGCCGUCUUUGAUCGCCCAGAACACCCCGGCAUUACCCUGGCGCAGGGCCAACGUGCGGCAUACGUCCAACGAGAUGUACGCUGACAUCGUUGAGACCCUGACUGUCACUCUCGCACCCUCAGGGCGGCCGCUGGCAGCAUUCGCAAACGGAACGAUAGCCUUCACAUGCAAGGUGUCUGGCAUGCCCGACAUCGUCAUGACCUUAACGAGCCCCUCUGGGAAACACAACUUGGCCGGCUUCAUGGACCUCCCAGUAUUUCACCCCUGCGUCCGUCUGUCACGGUGGAAGGAACGACCAGGUGAACUCAGCUUUGUACCACCGGACGGCCGAUUCAUCUUGGCCAGCUACGAGGUCGAUCUGCUACCAUUCACGAACGGCAAGAGCGGCAGUUUAAGCGUCAACAACCUCAAGCUCCCUGUCAACAUUGAGAUGAAGACCGGGCUGGGCCUUACGGGCUCCGACUUUGAGGUGCGGUUACACGUCAAUAAGGUGCUGGGAGCCGGUGGCCCCUCAUCAGCAAGUCAGUACGGCAGAGGUGGAGGCGGUGGUGGAGGAGCAGGUCGGGGCUUCGGCGGCCCCCACCCAGGAACUCCCUCAUCCCCUCUGAUGGAGGAUCUGAUCGUCACGGUGCCGUUGCCGGCAGAGGUUAGGAAUCUGUCGGAGCUGCGGCCUAGCAAGGGAGACGCGACCUUCAACCCCAGCGAGAGGGUCCUUGAGUGGCACGUCCCCACCAAAGAGAUAUCUUCUGGCACGUCCUACUUUGGUCUCAGGUGUACCGUGGUGGGCCAGCUUCCGGACGAGGACGAGGACGAGCUCGACCCCAACGGGUUCGGGUUCGGCAAGGCGUACGGCUACGAUGAGCAGCCAUAUCAGAGCAGUAGCCCCACCCAGGCGAAGAAGACGACCGACGGCGGAGACGAUGAGAAGGACGCGAAGAAGGUGGCGCAGAAUAAGAUGCUGAUGCCGAGCUCGGCGUCGGUGAGCUUCUCGGUCAAGGGGUGGUUGCCGAGCGGGCUCAAGGUCGAGAGCAUCAUGAUUGACCCGCGCAAGAGCAAAGGUCUGGGGGAGAACGUGAAGCCGUACAAGGGCGUCAAGUAUUUGACGGUCAGCAAGGGCGGUGUAGAGACGCGGUGUGUCUUUACUCCAGUGUUUUCUUUCUCCAGCUCCCAUUCAAUCCUCGGCCUCGGGACAUUCGGCCAAGGAGUACAGAAAGUCGGCAUGAUAACACCAUGGCUCGAGGCCUUCCCCCGAACCGCGAAACCCAUCAUCGAGGAGAUCGACCACUACAUGGGCUUCAAGCUCUCCGACGUCAUCGCCGACGGCCCCAGCAAGCUGCUGACCAAGACGCCCAACGCGCAGCCGGCCAUCAUGGCGACCUCGAUCCUGAUCCUGCGCAUCCUCGAGCGCGAGUUCGACUUUGACGUUGCGCGGCGCGUCGACGUGACGCUAGGCCACUCGCUGGGCGAGUUCGCCGCCCUCGUGGCGGGCGGCUACCUCGAGUUCGAGGACAGCCUGUACCUCAUCCGGAAGCGGGCCGAGGCCAUGGCGGAGGCGACGCGGCGCGCUGUUGAGGAGUACGGCGGCGAGUACGGCAUGGUGGCCAUCGUCACGGAGCCCGAGUAUCUGGGCCCGCUGAUCGCGGCGAUACACGACUUUGUGGGCCACUCGAGCGCCGGGUCAAAGGGGGAGAGCUCUGAGGACGUGCCGCCUAUCGAGCAGGUGCUCAUCGCCAACGUGAACAGCAAGAACCAGAUUGUGCUGAGCGGGAAUAUCGAGCGCAUCAAGACGCUGUCGACGCACGUGAGGCAGUUUCUAGGCCACGACCCGCGCGCGGUGCGGUUGAAUAGCGACAGCCCCUUUCACAGCCCGCUGAUGAAGCCCGCCGUCGGGGUGAUGCAGAAGAUACUGGCGAAAAAGAGCCGGGUGCGGGGCCGCGAGACAGAGGAUAUUAUUACCUUCCCCGGCCGGCUGCCGUGCAUCAGCAACGUGAGCGCGCGGCCGUUUGAGAGCAGGGAGGACGUCAAGGACCUGCUGGCGCGGCAAUGCCUGGAGACGGUGCGGUGGUGGGACAGCAUCAAGUACCUCGAUCAGGAGGAGAAGGUGAGGCGGUGGAUCGGCAUCGGGCCGGGCAAGGUCGGGCGGAACCUCGUCGGCAAAGAGGUCGGCAUGAGGGGCAAGGACUCGGUCAAGGGCGGCGGCGUGUGGGCGAUCACGGACCCGAGUGAGAUUGAGGAGAUGUUGAGGGGGUUGGAGGAGACGGAGGGGUUGUCUGAUGAGGAGAUUGAAUGAGUGUGGGCUAUUUCACGAUGACAGUCGUCUGUCUGCUUCUUGGUGGUAAAACUCGGGUUGGUAAUCCCAAGGGCUCUUUCUUUUAUCAUGUCAACUUUUCUCGAUGGGCGUGUUAGCUCAUGAGAAGGAGGCCGGGCUUCCACGCCUACGUUACGAACAUCGGAGUAUUGGUUUAGUUUAGUUUGGGUGUAAUACUAUUUCUCUACGAAGGGGAAAUCAUCACAUGAUUCAUUCUAUGCACCUUUGGAGAAUUAGUUACGCUGCCUU